AUGCAGCUUGUGACGUCGAUCCUGUCUGCCACGAAAGGCACCGACCUGCGACCCCCUUCCAUUCUCCAUACAGGAAAAGUGCAUCACAGUUUCUGGUUCGGAAGGUCUAAAAUGAGGGCGCGUCAGCCCAGGCUGGUUGGUGGAGAUGGCGAGCGGUAUACUUCCGACAACCGCGGGGAUCAUAUGAUGCACCUCCAUCAAUCACCACUAACCACCAAUGAACUGCAUGAUGGAAAUAAGCGGGAAUAG